GUGAUAGCAACCAAAGAAUGGCAGCGAUAUCAAUCACAAAAAACGCCAUUUUGAACUUGUCAAAGUCACUUCCUCGAACCUCUUCUCUUUUCCUCCGCCGUAAUAUCUCCUUCUUCUACCCUUUGAAGACUAUUCCUCUAACAACAUCUCUUGUUAUUCGUCACAAAAUAUGCUUCUCCUCUUCCCCUAAUCAUUCUGAGGGAUUCCAUGCAUCGGAGUCGGAGGAGUUAAAAAGAAGACAAGACUUCGAUAGAGGUGUUAAAGAUGAUAAAUCUCCUAUGAGGGAGAUGGCUGAUAAAACAAAAGACGAUAUGAAAGAGUCCAUGGACGAAACUAAGCGUACAGCCAAAGACAUGAAAGAUAAAACAAAGCAAAGCGCGGAGAACAUGAAAGACAAAACAAACGAUAAAGCAAAAGAAGGGAAAGACAAGGCAGCCGAAAUGGCACAUGACACUAAAGAGAGUGCAAAAGAGCGAGCCCACGACAUGAAGGAGAAGAUUAAGGACACUGCAGAGUCCAUGACUGAUAAGACGAAAGAAGGGGGAAGCAAAGUUGCGGAGACGGCACAGGCAAUAGCUGAUAAAGCUAAGCAAGCAAUGCAGGAUGCCAUGGGAGCAGCGAAAGAGACGACUCAGAAGAUUAAGGAAACUGUUGUUGGUUCGGCGGAGGAUGAUAAGAAGUCAGUUGAUGAUCGUACGGGUAAGCGGAAGGAAGAUACGAUGGAUGAAGAUGUGGUGGAGCAGAGGAGGCGUGCAGGGGGUUCUGGUGAUCCUACGAAAUUUUGAG